AGAUUACUUUAGGAUCUUGUUUACAAAUCAGUAAGUAGAUAGCUGAACGACAAAUAUUCAAAAGGUCGAGGUAUGAUUCCAUAUUUGCAUUUUAUUAGGAGGUAUACAUUGAUUUGACCUUUGGAAGAGUGGAAUAAUAGGACUGCAACCUUCUUGAGAGUCGAAAUUCACUCAGAGGGCACUGAUACAGAAGAGCUACUGCAAGCCACUGCAAAGUUCAGAGUUGGAAAUAUACUUUACAAAAUGAAACGUGUGUCCCGAAGUGGUGAACCUUUCAUGGGAGCUGAAGCCCGGCCGAAACAGAAAUCAACCUCGAGUCCUAAAAACUCCAUCGAUGACCUUUUGGCAAAAGAAGAAGAGUAUAAGAUGCGAAAUGCAGCGCUGGAAGCCAAAGCUGCAGAUUUAGUCUCCCAGGCGGACCAACUCCUGGGUGAAGUUUUGUCAAAUUCAUCAUCCACCCGUCUGGAUUCUGACUCUAGAGGUGGAGAAGGUUCCAGGAAAACAAACCUUCAGGAAACGGAGGACUGUUUAGAGGUUUCCUGCAGUAUUCAACACUGUCCUCAGAAGGUGGCACCACAGAAGAGAGUUCUAUCCCAGAAAUCAGUGAGGAUGAAUGAUAAGCCAAAAGAGAUGCCUGCAGAGACAUUCAUAUCUCAGGCGAUUCAAAGCAUUGAGGAGAAGAUGACAGGUGAUUCUGUCACACAUGUCACCUGUGCUGGGGAGACUGUGCAGGUCAAUGAUGAAGACGAAGUUAUUUCGGUUGCACUCACGCGUGUUGCAAGAGCUCGUCUUCGGAUCAUGCAGGAAGAGCUGGAUCAGCUUUCAAGCGAAUAUUACAAGAAGGACGAUGAAAACAUUAAACUCGCUGAAAGACUGAAACAUCUUGAAGAAGAUCGAGUUCGACACGAGAAAAGCACCGUCGGUCUAAAGGCUCAACUAGACAAACACAAAGCUUUUGGAGAAGAGUCUGCCAAAAAGUGCGAUGCUCUUCAAACAGAAGUCUCUAUUUUACGCAAGGAGCUGGAGAAUCAGAAGCGCUCGCACAAACAAGCUGUGGCUGCUCACAACACACUGGAGGUUCGACUGGCGAGAGCUCUGGAGGAAGUGGAGAAGCUGAAAACACAACUUGCCACAAUGAAGCAGACAAACAAGGAUCUGUUCAAAGAGGAGAGCGCAAAAAGAGAAACUCUACUGGCUGAAAACAAAAUGUUGCAAAAGCAAAAAUCUGAGCUGAUCAUGGGGUUCAAGAAGCAGCUCAAGCUGAUCGACAUUCUGAAGAAACAAAAGAUGCACUUUGAAGCUGCCAAGCUCUUGUCGUUCACUGAGGAAGAAUUUGUCAAGGCUCUGGACUGGGGCAGCGGAGAAUAGUGGCUUGUUGCAUGACUGGCCAAGACCAUGAUCUCAGUAUGAUUUUCAAUGGAAGAAAACAGUUUCACUGACUGCAAAUUGUUUGGUAAGAAACAAAACAUUAGAAAUCAUGAGUCGGCUGUUUUCCAAAAUGUUUCCUCAAGGCCUCAUCAAAGUGCUCCAGGUCAUCCUCCCUCAACAAACCCUGAAAUAGAUGAGGUCAUGUUGUGAAAUCUGUUGAACAAGGAAGUGCAUGAUGUGUCUAACCUUCGGCAGGUAUCCGAAUAAUUUUGCCGCGUGCAUAUUGAGAAGCUUUUGCCUCUCCUCUUCGAUGAUCUGCCUGCGCAUGGCCUCCCUCUCCUCCUCUGCUGCUCUCUCUUUAGCCUGCCGCUCCUUCAGAAAACACCAGACAUUCCAAAUAAUUCAACUGCCACAUGUGAAAAUGACUUGUUUCCAAUGACCACAGAUAAAGGACGAUUCCUACCACUUCAGCCUCCCGUAGUCGUCGCCUGUCUUCUAUUAACUUCUCCACUUGUCGUUUAUGCUCGAGUUGCUUCAUUCGCCGCUUUUGUGCGUUCAUCUGUUCUAUGCGAUCAUCCUCCGCAAACUUCUCCAUCAUCAUCCUCCUGAAAGCCUCCUCUUCCUCCUUCUCUGCUUGACGUUUCAUCUCUUUAAAUGCCAUUUGCUCCUGGCAGGUCUGCUGCAGCAUCAGUCGUUGUCUGAUCUUCUGCUCCAUCUCCUCCUGUUGUCAAGCAGAGAUGAAGCUGUUCCUCUUGUUUUCAUCAAAACACUGUCAAAGAUCUUACAAUUUCCUUGCGCCUGUUUGCCUCUUCUUGCUCCUCAAAGUGAAGCUCCUGCCGGAUUCUCUCCAUCUCUUCUCGCUGCUUCUUCUCUUCCUCCAUCUUCUCUGAGAGAACUCUGUAAAGCACCUCCUUGGCUUCUUCUCUCUCCCUUAGCGCUGCCGUCCUCUUCUCUUCCAUUUGCUGCUGAUAGUUAGAAAACUCUCGGAUGCGUCUGUUCUCGGCUUCAGUCUUCUCUUGCUCCGCACGCUUCCAUUCGGCCUGCUGCUUCUUGAACUCCUCGAUGUAUUCCUGAGUGGCUCUCACCUUCUCCAGCUUCAGUAAUCUGUCCCUGCACGAGACGGUCAAAUGAAUUGAGCGAAUCAAGUCAAAAGAAUGAAGUUAGAAGGAGUGAUUUCCUACAUUUGAUCUUCCUCAUAUAUCUUCCUGAUGAUCUCGUCCACCAUCAGCUUCUCCUUGAGGAACUCCUCGUAGGCUGCCAUCCGGCUGUACUCUCUCUCCAUCAGCUGCUGCUCCAGCUCUCUCUGGUACUGCAGCUGCUCCUCAUGACGCUGCUGCUCCUGCUUCUGCUUCUCCCGCUCAGCUCGAUCCUGCUCCAUCUUAAACUUACUGGAAAAGUCGGCUUCCUCACGCUGUCAUCAAGAAAACAGUUCAGACACAGAAACAGAUUUUUUUCGCCUGCAGGGGGCGCUCUGAUGCACAUUGUUUCCCAAGUUCAAUGACACGCAUAAGCCAUUUAACAUGUCUCGUGUUUCAGUGAUUAAGCUUCACAUAACCUUAAGUUUUGACUUGAUAAUAUUAUGAUUACAAGCUUAAAAUGUUUUUACACCCAUCAUUGCAUCCUUCUGAAACGUCUCUAGUCCGCAGAGGUCAGCAUCUACUGUUUAUCAAAGACGCAGUUUGCAAGUACCUUUCUCGGCUCUCUUUUGAGAGAUGCUCACCACUGCAGGUAGAGGGCAGUGUUUUGGCAUCACGCCUUGGUAGCCAAAAUUAUUAUUAUUAUUAUUAUUGUUAGAGACAUUCUGUGCGUUGUGCACGGUGGAUGAGCGGUGUGACUGCUCGUAUGCGACGUGACGUAUGUGCGUGUCGACGUUAGAAAGUGUUAUGGAAGCGUGAGGAGCACACUAGUUUUCGACCUAAGUCGAUAUUUGUGUUUAUUCCCUGAUGUAAUGGUAAGGUGUGGAGAGAGGAUUUUAAUAAACACACAUUUCAAAUUAAACCCAAACCUCCAAGAAGAAGAAGAAUUUAUUAUGGCUGUGUUGAAUUUAAAAAAUAAUAUGGACAUAAACGUAAAAUAUUUUUCAAGUUAGUUGAGCUCGCAAGUAGACUGCAUCCCAUGCAAAAUAAUAAAGGAUAAUCAAAUUUCUGUUUAUCCUUUCUAUACGUAUCAACUGGAAACACCAAGACGUUUCUCACUAUAAUCUUCAUAAAAGCGUCAUUUGAAAAAUUAAUUAAAAAUUAAAGUCAUUGAUUUAAAAAGAAUGUACAUUUUAGAUAUUUGUUUUAUUAUUUUUCUAUAUCUCCUUUUUGAACUGCAGACAUACCUUUAGUUUUGUUUUUUUUUUGUUCAACUGUUUACAACCCAAGUGCAAAGGUACCACAUUGCCAACUUCUAGAGUGACUGUGGUCACACGGGUUGAAUGAAUAAAACCACUGUAUCUCACCAUUUUCUCAACCUUGAUGGCUCUCUGCUCAGCUAUUUGUGCUGCUCUCUCCUUGUUCACAAAUGCCAACUUCAGCUUUGCCUCCAGCUCCCGAAGCUCCAAACUGAAACGGCACAUAAUAAGAGGGAUGAAGAAGGUGAGGUCAACUGACAGAGAGAUAUAACAAUGUAUACUAAUCUGUAUACCUGUUUUCUUUGAUAUACUGUCGCGUCUUUUCCUCCUUCUCCUUUGCUGAGGUGAUUCGAGCCAGUUCUCUGGCCAGACUCUCCUCCUGCUCCAGUUGCUUUGCCUUGUUCAUCAUUCUCUCCUCUGCCUGGGAACAUCACUUAAAGGUUUUAUGCAUGGAAUAAUCUCAACUUUCCAAUGCUCCUGCCCCCUCAAGGUAAACAACGGUGCGUAAUCUACAAAUUCCCGCAAACCGUGAACAAUGAAAAGAUGAAAGGUUUAUGGAGUUCCUGCAUCUGGACAAGUUGAAAUGUGCUUGGUGUUGUUCCAUUGUUUAUGGGGAACCAACCUGCAGGAGAGCGCUCUCCGUCUGUCGCUCUCUCAGCGCCUCCUGCUGCUGCCUCACGAACCUCCGCCUCUCGAAGCUCUCCUCCUCUCUCAGACCGGCCUGUCCUCUCCUCUCUCGGUCCAGUCUCAGAACCAGCUCCUGCCUCUGCUGCUCCUGCUGUAUGCGCUGACUUUGGAGCCUCUGUUGCUGUUUGUAGUCCCGGUGUCGACUCUGCUGCAGAGAAACACAACUUAGCUGCGCACUUGAUGCUUUCGGCAGACGGACGCACAACUUUACCAUGUUUGCUUCGUCUUCGGUCUUUGACUUACAGUUCCAAAUGGAAAGAAAAGUGUUGUAAAACAAAAUAUAAGCAACAAUAAAUCGAAUACAAAAAGGAAGAAAUCACCGUCCUUGGAUUGCAAACGGGAAGUUUUUUUCAGGGCCGUGUCGCGCGCUGCUUGUGAGUUUCGUUGUCACGGAAACGACGCGUAUCUUCACGUGCACUCAGGACAGGACGGCGAGGAUGACGUCACACGUUUGACCCAACCACCGAUGUUUAGCGUUAGGUAAUAUGAUGCGGCGUCCUUUACAUUAAAUGAGUGUCAUUGGCAGAAUUCCACGCCAACAAAUACAUAUAUUAAAAUCAAGUUUACUGUGGUCUAAUCGCGGUGGAUGUAAAUAAGAGAAUAUGAGCGACGAUGCAGGACCAAACACUGCUGCUGUCUUCUUCAUGGGCAGAGUAAAAACACCGUCUUGCUUUCUUUGAAAGACUUUAUUUUAAAAUCCAACACGAGAGUUGAAGUCGGUGUUUUCUAUGAACUAUAUUAAAUAAAUUGGAGUUCUACACACUCCGAGUCAUACAUGUUUUACUGACUUUGCCGUGGUGUAUGAUUCAAGGGAAGCCUGCUCUUUGUACAUGAAGAAAGCAACCAUUUCACAGAAAAAAAACCCCAAAAUUUUCAAACCCUGCAUCACACAUCACUCGCAGAAGACCUUUUAGAAGCACUUCUAAGGACAAUCUUACAAAUAUAUUUUUUGCAUGGUUAAGGACUGCAGUUCAGAAGACAAAAAAGGGUUUCUCUUUGGAAUUUGUUGACCUCCACACCAAAUUUCAGCGUAACAUUUUUAAGAUACAAAGAACCAAAAUCCCAUUUUCACGUUUUAGUUCUUGCUGAUUCCUCCGCCUAAAAAUAGCAGGUGAGUCAAAGGUGUACAUUAAAACCGCAUUAGUCUUGCAUAAAAACUAUGACCUCAGCUAUUUUAUUAGCUCUACAGUAGACUGACAGUUCUAGGACUGGUAGUGAGUCAUAUUCGCUUUGUCAUAUCCGACACAAAAUAAAAGAGUGACACAUGACAACAUUCUCCGUUUCGGCUCGACUAUGAACUGUACUACUACUGGUCUGUCAUACAGUUGUGAAGUUGUUCGGUCUGGGCAGUGCAAAUGCCACAGGUUCUGUUAUGUUUUAAAACCCCAACCCAUCCAACAUCAAUGUACACCAUCAUCUCCAAAAUGAUACAAGACCAUAUUUGAGCAACAGACGACUUAAGUGAAGUCUGAGAACCUUUCACGUGACACAGUCAGGAGGUGGAUCCAGAUUACACUGAAAA